AUGUUGGCUACUCGGGUGCGUCAACCUGCGGCCAAUGCGGCCACUCUCACGCGUCAGCUCAGAGGAACCGGUGUUCGGCGAACGACUGCGCUCGGCCGUCGGUAUUAUGCUGACCAGCGAGAAGCUUCCGAGGGCCAGACUCCCUCCUCAAACUGGAUAAGGAACUCUCUAGGAUUCGCGGCGACGGGAACAGCCGUAUUUCUCGCCUAUUCGUAUGCGACCAGGCCGGACGAGAGCGAGUUUUUGAAAAAGGUCCAAAGCCCAUCCAAAUCAAUCGAAGAUCUAUCCACCCGAUACGUGCAAAAGAAACGAAGCUUGGGAAGUCCCGGUCUAUAUAUAUGGGGUACCAAUGAAUACCGAGUGGUGGACCCGGAAUCUAAGGAGUCUGUUGUAAAGACUCCGCGGAAGCUGUCAUAUUUUGACAGUCACGUACUCCGGGAUCUCAAGCUUGGGGAAACCUCUGGCGCUGCCAUUAUCGAGAAUGGAGACUUGGUGCAAUGGGGCAAAGGUUAUUCGGAAACCGAGUUCAAGCCUACCAGGACCCUCACUGGAAAGAAUCUGAUUUCUCUGUCCAUGUCUCAUGAUCGUAUUAUUGCAUUGUCAUCCGACGGGAAAGUCUACUCCCUUCCUGUCUCACAGCAUGACCAGUUAUAUGGAAAAAGGACUGAGGAGAAGUCGUGGUUUUCAUCUAGCAGAUCUAGUAUGAGCUAUCGUCUGAUUCAGCCAAGCCUGAAGAUGGGAGAGAAGGUAACCGCCAUAAGCGGUGGCUUGGAACAUGUCCUUCUCCUUACUAGUUCAGGACGAGUGUUCUCCGCCGCUGCAUCUACUGAGAACUUCCCUUCCUUCGGGCAACUUGGUGUCGCCGGGCUAGCCUGGGCGACCAGACCACCAGGGCCGGUAGAUACACCCCAUGAGGUCAAGAUACCCAACGGCGCAAAGGUCACCCAAAUUGCCUCGGGCGAUUAUCAUUCCUUACUACUGACUAAGGAUGGCGACGUUUUGGCAUUUGGCGAUAAUUCGUUUGGGCAACUGGGGAUGGGAUUUGACCCAGCGUUUCCUUUCAGAGACACGCCUACUCCUCUACUGAUUAGGGGACUUUACCGUGAUGGCUCGCGUCUGCCUCAAGCAACUGGCGUUGCGGCCGGUGGUGCCAACAGCUUCUUCACCGUGGACGUACACCAAACCGGCCCCACUCAAGAUCUCAAGGCGGCUGGGAAAAUCACAUCUGAUAUCUGGACCUGCGGACGCGGCAUCUGGGGUGCCCUUGGAAAUGGUAAAUGGACUCACUUACAGGACCGCCCCACCAAGUUGAAGGCCCUCAGCGGGUUAGUCGAGUAUGAUGAGGCAACAAAGGGACUGUUGCCCAUCCGCUUGAACGAUAUCUCUGUCGGUACAACACACGUCGCGGCUAUUCUAGACAACCAAACGCAUUUGAAUCGCUCCACGGCCGCCUUGGAGGGAGCCGACGACGCAGGCCUGGAUGUGGUCUGGUGGGGAGGAAAUGAGCACUUCCAACUCGGAACCGGCAAGAGAAGCAACCUGUCGCAGCCAGCGCAUAUCAACGUGUCUUCAGACACGGUACCAGAUGUUAACAAGGAGCCUGCCCGGCUCCAAAUCAUGCCUGCCUAUCGUGGAACGGUUGGCGGCCGGAGCUUUGACAUGCGACAGCGGGUUGAGUGCGGAAGGCAUAUCUCAGCCAUUUACACUGCCCUCAAAAAGUAA